AUGAUUCUUGCUCAACGUGGAAUGAAAAUUAUUUUGAUGUCCCGUUCUCUUUUAAAACUCGAAGCAGAUGCAAAGUUAUUCAUGUCCAGAUUUCUUCCUUGCCAUCCCAGACCGGAAGAAACAGAUUCAGAUGCAACAUCACAUCAAUGUCAAUACUACUUGUGCAUUAUUCAAAGGGAGAAAGGAGUAAUAAUCAACAAAUUUGCAUCGAUGUCAGCAGUAUUUCCUGCGAGUAAUCAAACCAUCUCAAAUAACCACAGCAACGAAAGCAUUUGA